AUGGACUUCAGUGGACAGUAUGAACUCCAGAGCCAAGAAAAUGUGGAAUUAUUUAUGGAAGCCCUGGGUGUCCCAGAUGACAUGAUUGAAAAAAUCAAAAACCUCAAGAGAGUUACUAAAAUUGUUCAAAAUGGAGAAGACUUCAUAGUUGCUAUCCAAACUGGCGAUCAAAUGCUUGUUAAUAACUUUACCCUUGGACAAGAGACACACGUGCAAACUCCUGCAGGAGAGAAGAUCAAGGCUGUAAUGAACCUAGAGGGAGAAAAUAAACUCGUAGUGAAAGCAAGAGACUUUACUUCCAUUGCAGAAUUUAAUGGAGAUCAGCUGACUAAUGCUGUUGAGAGGCAUCUCAUCAGGGCCUGUGGAUUUAACCACUUUUAA